AUGUCUUCACAGUUAACAUCAUCGAACAUUGGAUGCGUUUGUUCAGAUGAAAAUGAAAUUGAACUCCGCGCACAUUGUCUUACAGGCGUUGAGGCGCCCACUGACUCCAUAAAGAUAAAUUGCCUGAUCCACGAUACAGAACCUGCUCGCUUAUCUGCAGGUCGUAGUUUCCAAAACAGACAACUUCAACAUAAACUCAAGGAAAAUUUAUUUUUGCUUCGAAAAGUUUUUCAAGAAGGAAUCGUUAUAUCUAGGAAGGAUCCUCAUCAUCGUCCUCAAGAAAAUGAAGAUAUAGUCAAGACUUAUAAUAGUAACGGGUUGGACGGCUCAUUGAAGAGAGUGGAUAAUCCAACAGAAUUGAUCGAAAUAGUAGUUGCAAAAACCAUCGAGUGUAGAUAA